UACUCUGCUCAGGUGGAGAGAGUUCAGAGAUAGUAAUAUAGAUAUGGAUAUGUCAAGGUAUUUCAUCCUUUCUCAAAUGUAAUCUUAAAGUUAUUGUUGAUGCCACUGCAGGUAUUCCAGAAACGUAUGGAUGGAUCAGUAGAUUUCUUUCGGGACUGGAAUUCAUACAAGAAAGGAUUUGGCAGCAUGUUGACAGAGUUUUGGCUGGGGAAUGACAACAUUCGUUUAUUAACAGAAACAGGUUCUCAUGAAUUACGUAUUGAUUUUGAAGACUUUGACAAUGUAAAAACCUUUGCAAAAUACCAGUCAUUUAAAAUGCUGGGGGAAUCUGAGAAGUACAAGCUAGUCCUGGGUGGAUUUACAGGUGGUACUGCUGGUGACUCUCUAACGGGUCAUAACAACAUUCCAUUUUCUACGAAGGAUCAAGACCUAUCAGUGAGUCACUGUGCUGAGACAUAUAAAGGAGCAUGGUGGUAUGGCAGUUGCCAUAACUCCAACCUAAACGGUCUUUACCUGAAAGGGUCCCAUGAGACCUAUGCAAAUGGAGUCAACUGGUCUUCAGGGAAAGGAUAUAAUUAUUCGUAUAAGUACACUGAUAUGAAAAUUAGACCCAGCUAAUAAAAUUGAUCCAUUUUGUAAUCCAUUCUGUCAAGUAAAUAUGGAAAUGCUUGCUCUAAAUGAGAUGUCAGUGUAGAGAGCUUCUUACAGUGCUCAUUAGAAAGCUACAAGUCAUAGCACUGCUUCUGAGAAUUACUGUAUCAGACAUUUACCCUUACCUAAUUUCAAUAAUGAUUUUUUGCAUUCACAAAUUAUUCCUUUUCCAUUCUUUGAAUUAUGUUGUCAUUCCUGGAUUGUUAAUCAAAAUAAAUAAUUUAGCAAGCUA